CUGAUCGCUCCCCUUCUCUAGGGAAACCUGCCAGUGCAAUCCCAUUAAGAAAAAGAAGAACUCCAUUUGUAUUCACUCUCUAGUGUACUGGGUGCCAUGGAUUUCGCAAGUCUCAAGGAGCAGGUUAGCAACCUGACCUUAUAUGAUAUCAAGGCUGGUGUUCGCAAAGUGCAGAAUGCCGUCAUGAAUUAUACCGACAUGGAGGUCAAGGUCCGGGAAGCUACAAACAAUGAACCAUGGGGUGCGUCGUCGACGUUGAUGCAGGAGAUUGCGAAUGGGACACAUAGCUACCAAUUGCUCAAUGAGAUCAUGCCUAUGAUUUACAAGCGUUUCACGGAUAAGAGUGCAGAAGAAUGGAGGCAAAUCUACAAGGCGCUUCAACUUCUGGAAUUUCUCAUCAGGAACGGUUCGGAACGAGUCAUUGACGAUGCCCGUUCUCACCUAUCCCUGAUAAGAAUGCUCCGACAGUUCCAUUAUAUUGACCAGAAUGGUAAAGACCAAGGUAUCAAUGUGCGAAACAGGGCGUCCGAACUGGUGAAGCUGCUUAGCGAUGUGGAUAUGAUUCGCGCUGAAAGGAAAAAGGCCCGGGCCAACCGGCACAAGUUUGGUGGUAUCGAAGGAGGCAUCGGUAGUUUCUCUGGUUCAAGAAUGCAAGGUUUUGGCAGCGAUAAUAUGACGUUUGGGGGAGGCUACAGCGGAGGCGUGUUUGGGGAUGGUGGCGGCUUCGGAGGCAAUACUAGCGACUUCCACGAUACCGCGCCCAGAAGCAAUCGAUUCGAAGAAUAUGAUGAGGAUGAUGCGGAGCCGAUCAGCUCGCGUUUGCCACGGCGCGGAACGAGCCCGCCUGCAACGGUUGCGAAGCGCGAGGCGAAGAAGCCUGAGCCUAAGGAAGAGCCUGUGGAUCUGGUCGACUUCGGUGACGAUGACAACGUUGCGACGACGUCUACAGCUGCCGGUAAACAGCCUGCCACCGGAUUGGAUAUACUCGAAUCAAAGCCGGUCGACGAUGAUGAAUUCGAUGACUUCCAAUCUGCAACCCCUGUUACGCAAACUGCGCCUCCAGUGAGCCAGUUGGCAAUGCCUCCUCCAUCUUCUACCGUUACUACCAGCUCAACCAUAAUAGCACCUCAGCCUGUUUCUGGAUCUCAAGGACAGAAUAUCAAUGGCAUAGUCGGCUUUACGUCCGUGACACCGACACCUAAUUCAAGCACGAUCUCGAGUCCAGUAUCCACACCAGUGUUCACUCAAGCGCCCAAACAACAGCUGCUGCAACAAGCCGCUCCACUGAAGCCAACAGGCUUUCAGGCAGCCACGCCUAAUUACUUUACUUCCGUUUCAGCCCACGCAAACCAGCCUGCAACAACCGGGAGACCCAGCUUGUCAUCCACGCCCUCAUUUACGUCCGCCAUUGCAUCCACCUCGUCAGCAAGAACAACCAAGCCGUCAACUUCCAAAUCAGGGGGUGACGCCUUCGGAUCCCUCUGGAGUGCCGCCAGCGCCAGUGCAGGGAUACAAAAGUCCUCUUCCCCCGCAUCCAAAGGCCCCAACCUGGCCAGCAUGGCCAAGGAAAAGGCCAGCGCAGGUAUCUGGGGUACUCCCUCGCCCUCUUUAUCGACUAGCUCUGCACCUCAGACUGCUUCGGUGCCGCAGAAACAGACCGGUAGCUCGGCAUUUGAUGAUUUGCUGGGAUAGUUUGGUUUUCUCCCUCUUUUUUUUUUCUUUUCUUUUAUUUUUCGUUCUUUCUAAGAGGGUCCGGUGCUCUCUGUAUUUACUGGAUCUGGGUUUGAUUCGUGGAGUUAACGUUAACUGAUUACUAGCUUCCCUUUGCAUUCUGUUCGAUUAUAGUAAAACCCGAUAUAAGCAACUAAUUUAGCAAGACCCUUCAGCUGCUUAUAUCGGGUAAUUGCUUAUAUUAAGAUUCACAUGUAAAAAUAUAUAUGUAUAUUGAUGUACUCCAUGUAAUUGCCCUAAAUCAGCCAAAAUAAAUCCG